GUUGAGCUUGGUUGCUGCGGUAGCCAAAGGGACUGGCUGGCUGUUAAGCUGCUGGCGGAGGCGCAGCUGAGAGGCGCAGGAAGAGGUCCAUUGGUACAAAGAUGUCAACAGAAGGAGAACCAAGUGCCCUUAUCCGAAUCAUCCAGCUUUUUAUCCUCUCCACAGCCUGGGGGAUGCAGAUAUGGGUGACCUUUAUUGCAGGGUUUGUUCUUUUCCGAAGUGUGAGCCGCCAUACCUUUGGCCUGGUACAAAGCAAACUGUUCCCUUUCUAUUUCUACACCCUGCUGGGCUGCACUUUCCUGAACCUUGCCAUCUUUGCUUCGUACCACCCACGGGAGCUACUUAAUACCACGGAAACCAUCCAGAUUUUGCUCUUUUUCAUCAGCCUCAUCUUGACUGCAACUAAUGCCUCCUGGUUCUCCCCAGUCACCACCAAGAUCAUGUUCAAGAUGCAGGAGAUUGAAAGGGAGCAUGGGCUCGGGAAAGAAGUGGGUCCGUCAGGCCAGCAGGACGCUUACAAGCUUUUGAAGGAGAAGGAUGCCAAGUAUCAGAACCUGCGUCAGAAGUUCUUCACGUUUCAUGGCCUGUCCUCUCUCUGCAAUCUGGCUUCUGUGAUCUGCACUGGUGUGAAUUUAGCAUGCCUAGCACUGCACCUGGACAGCCUGUAGACUGCAGGGGGCGCUCUUCCCCUCUGCUCCCAUCUUUCCUUACAGGAUUUAUUUUCUAAGAAACGAUGCGAUUUCGCCUGAAGCCCUGAUUGCAGCCUGUAUUCUGGGCUGUGUUGCUCGAUGGCGCGGAGAAGGAGCUUGGCAGUGGCUUGAAAUCAAUGCCUUUUGGAGUGAAUUAGUUAUGGGAGCUGCUGCCGACACUUGAAAGAGCCAGAUUUCUCCCCAUCACCGCUGAAGAAUAAGAUUGGGUAAUCUGUGAAGCAGCAAGGGAUGGUGCAUUGAGACCUAGCCUAAAGGCCCUUUGGCCAUAUUCCCUGUUGCUCAGGAAUAUCCUGCUUUGGAUACUCUUCUAACAUUUCUGUUUUUACAUCUUCAAUUUAGUAUGGCUAUGAAGGGACAACUAAAACGUCACCCCAUCCUUGCUCCAGCCCACAGAUGGGCAACUUAUGGCUCUCCAGAAGUUUUGGCAUACAACUCCUUUCAGCCGUAGCCAGUGUAACUAAUGGUGAGGGAUGAUGGGAGUUGUAGGCUAAACAGGGUGGAUUUGAUUUAAAUCACUACUCAGAAAGACUCGAUUUAAUCAUGUGACUUCCCCCCCCCCCAAAAAAAGGUGUACUCUUCCUUGCUAUAUUUUACACAACUCAGAGUUACCAAAGACUCGUUCUUGCUGGUAUAAUCUUAAUAUUUACAACCAGAUGAAGGUUUCAUUUUUAGGAUAGCAACUUUUCAGAUUAGUUUUACAGUUAUAUAAAAAAAAUACUGAUUUGGUUAUACUAUUAGAAACACAUUAUAGAUAAUUAUGAAAUUAUUGCGAGGUGAACUAUCUCCAGUUUAAUAGGUUAAUCAUUCAUAUCUGGACAACUUUUCUGCUGUACUUUAUUGGAAGGAGAAAAAUAAUCUUACAGAAACCUCUGGAAGAGCAUGACAUUGUGAAUGGAUUAAAGGAAUUCAUUUACCAAAAAAUUUAAACAGCCUCAUGCUACAUAAUUAAACACUAAUCCUUAUUUCAUGACGAAUCACCUUUGGACUAUAAUGUAUCUUAAAUAGAAAACUAUCUUUAGAUAGAUUUUUCCUCAAAAAGCAUUUUAUUAAAAAAAUCCAAUUUAAAUAAAAAAAAUCAAUUUAAAUAAAAAAAAAUUAUUAUUAUUUUUAAAAAAUCAUUGAUUUUUAUCCACCCUGAGGCUAAAACAUUUAAAGGACCACAAGUUGUCCAUCCCUGCUGUAGCAACUGAGCUCCUCCAUUAGCUGAAAAGGGUCCGCACUGCUUCUGCAAAAUGCCUAGGUUCAAUCUUUUUCAGGCCUCCAAAAUGGGGAAAGCCUGGAGACCCAGAUCAGCUAGUGUGAACAUCUCCCCACAGGCCUGACAUGUUUUCAUUUGACGCGCUGGCCUGCCCCUCAGUUGAUUUAUUUACAUUCCAUGCAAACGUACCCAUUUAUUAUUGGUGGGAGUACUGCCAGUUUAAGUAAAUUUUCAUUCCAACUGCAAAACCAUUAUUAUUAUUAUUAUUAUUAUUAUUAUUAUUAUUAUUAUUAUUAAUGUAGCAGUGUUUUGCUAUUUUUUGUUAAUAGGGACUUUGUUUUUAAUGAGAACAGUCCGGAUGCUUAAUCCUAGUGCAGUGCAGAGUCACUUUUCUGCUUCUUUCGCAGGGAUGUUGAGAAUUUUGGUUAACUUUCUCAGGUUAAGAGAUUAGCUUCAGUGCUUACCUUGCUGUAAGGAGAUGGCUGAGGGAUCAUGUCCGCUCUUCCUUUUUGUCCUUGCAGCCUCUUCAUCUGCUUGAGCUUCCUGGGAAGCCCCCUAGAUCAAUGGUCUUCAACUGGUGGGUCACAACCCAAAAGUGGGUCCCGAGAGCAGCCCAGGGGGGUCACGGCAAAGCUGUUGCUGCCAUGUUGGGCAAUUGUGAAAGUGGGUCCCAUGUUGCGAGUCCAAGGUGGGUCUCGGGUCUGGACCAGAUGAAGAGCCCUGCCCUAGAUGACUUAACCAGGGCUUCCUCCCUUGGGCCUUCCCAGUGCUCCUGCCUGCUGAGUGCCUGAAAGCUGAGCGAGGAGUUCUUGAUGUCAUUGCUGUUGUUAAAAGGACUUUUAACAACAGCAGAACAAAACCAAAACUUCCUUGCUCAGUUUCUGGGCCCACAGCCACACAGGAAAUGCCCCAGGGAGGGACGCCUGGCUAAGUCCUAUAAGGGGACUUUCCAGGAAGCACAAGCAGCUGGAGAGACCCCCAAGAACAGUGGGAUGAAAAUACUGAAGGAAAGAGCACGCACAACCCCCUUACAGUAAGGGAAGCACCCUGACAAAUUACUCCAAAGUGUUCACCCCUUCCAAAAUUUUCAGGUGCCAUUUUUUUCAUCCCUCCUCCCAAUGAAUGGUCGAAAAUAAAUAUAUCAAAAAAUUUGGCACAGUGCUACUUAGGCCUCUUGGCAAGAAUCCUAAUCCAUUUACCUAGGAGUAAGUCCCAUUGGGACUUACCUCUGAGUAGACACGGCUCUAGGAUUGUGCUGUUUGUGUGGGUGCUCCUUAGAAUCUAGGUGGGAAAAAGUCCUGUAGCUCCCAUCAUUCCCUAGCCAGCAUGGUUGGCUGAGGAAUACUGAAAGUUAUAGAACCUUUUUCUGCCUGAACUUGCAUAGGAUUUCACCCUAAGUAUCUCUUGCUGCCUUUAAGCUGCACAACUGGCAGUUUAAGCCCACACACCUUAGCGAAACCGCUCGAAAUAAAUCACUAUGUCAUUCAGUCCAACAGAACCGUCCUUCCUGCAGCUUUUUUCCACCUUUGCAAGUGCCUUGGAUGUGGGCCAUUCGUGCCCAUUUUUAGAGUAGAAACUCAGACUGAGAGUGACUUCCUACAUCCGGACAACUGAGGUGAUGGAAGAGGCGGGAACUGCAGCCAGGUCUGCUGGAUACAUGUCCCAAUUUCAGCCCUGGACCCACCUUCACUUCAGCUGCUCUCCAAUUUCUUGUCUUGCCUGGAUGGGAGACUGCCGUCCUCUUCUCCUGUCCUGUUUUUAAUGAUAAAUGAGUCCUAAGUGUAUAUGCUGCAAUCCAUGGAUACUUUGGUCCAUCUUCUUCCCUUCCUCUCUGGAAAUGAUAAGAACAGUCAGCAGUUUUCUAGAUAUAAAUGUAUCGGGCAGAAUCAGGCGGUAUGUGGCUUGAACAGAGAGACUGGCUUGUGGCUCUGGGACAGGCAAGCCUGUGCUUCUGUUCUGAUCUUUCGUAACAUGCAGUGAUGGUAGAACAAGACAGCCUAGGCUCUUCUUUGUGCGGCCUGCAAAAAGGCCCCUUCCUGUUUCAGGAUGUAUCUAGAUCAGGUGCUCCCAACCUCGUUCCCUCCAGAUGUGUUGGACUACAAUUCCCAUCAUCUCUCAGCCAUUGUCAAAGGCUGAACUAGAUCAACUGUGCAUUUGUUAAUUGAGAGAGUUUUUAAAGUGCAAAGACAGACUCCAAAAUUCCAGUCCACCCCAAGUGGAAUAUACUGCUGAGAGGCUGAGUAUCAAAUUCCAGAUACCUAAAUGAGAUUUUUUACAGUAGCAGGAGGGGCAAGAAAGCCAGGCAGCUCUGUCCCAUAUUCAUGUACAGCAUAGGCAUGAGCUAUGGAGCUCAAUGUUGUGACUUUCCACCAGCCAGGCAAUGUGAUUAAACCAACUCUAAUUGAA